AUGUCUCUAAAGUCAGCCAAAUACAUAUGGGAUUAUCUCAAGUCAGAAUAUAAAGGGGAUGAGAGGAUCAGAGGUAUGCAAGUUUUGAAUCUUAUAAGAGAUUUUGAGAUGCAAAAGAUGAAAGAAACAAAAACCAUAAAAGAUUACUCUGAAAGGAUCCUGAACGUAGCAAACAGAUUAAGAUUGCUUGGUUUCGUGUUUAAUGAUUCUCGUAUUGUUGAAAAAAUUCUGCUAACUGUGCCGAAAAAAUUUGAAGCAACCAUAACUACUUUGGAAAACACCAAAGAUUUGUCUAAGAUCACUUUGGCGAAGUUGUUGAAUGCUUUACAGGCUCAAGAACAACAAAAGGUCAUGAGAGAUAAAGUAAAUACCGAGGGAGCAUUGUUUGCCAAGCCUCAAGAUAGAGGCAAAUAUAAAAAAAAAGAAGAACAAGAAGAAUAA